CGCAACGUGGCGGAAAACUCGCGCGGUCACCUGACGACCCUCACCUCUGUCUGGCUGAGCCGGUGAUUCUGUGUAUUUCCCCCGCUGACGCCCCACUCGGCAGCGGACAUAGCCUUACCGCCCUUAUUCUAAGCAUAAAGCAGUGUGUGUAAAGAAAGCUUUGCAGCCCGGGACGUCCGUACGUGACGUCAUCAGUGCGCGCCGUCGCAGUGCAUGGAUCCUGGGAAACAGGGCUAUGGCGGAUAGAGAAACUGUCUGUGGGAGAAGCCUGAGCACUGGCUAGAGGAAGCCGGGGAGACUUUAGUAGUCACAGUGCCGUGUAGGCGGAAGUCGCAGGGCUUGGGGCGCUGGUUACACAGUGCGUCUUUUUGUGACAUAAAUAGGGGGCUGUCAGUGCACACAGACAUACUGCACCAUGUGAGACCACCCCGGGAAGGGGGACACAGCACACCAUGGCUACCGGCUGCAGGGCAGGGGCCUAUCCGGGCUGGAAGCUUCACAUCUCCCGGGAGCUGCGGAGGAGGGACCGGGAGCAGAGGCAGGCCUUUGAGGAGCUCAUCCUGCAGUCUUAUCUGAGUCUCCCCUCUUGGGCCACCAUUCUGAUACUUCCAGAAGGAGGUCUAUAUCUUCUUUUCCAGCCUCACAGGACUGUACAGAUACUCAAGCAGGAGGGAGCAGGGAAGUUCGUGUUCCAGUUGCAGCUCUUCAAUCUUUUGAUGCUCAUGAUGGAGAGGUCAAUGCAGUGCGGUUCAGCCCAGGCUCCCGCCUUUUGGCUACAGGUGGGAUGGACCGAAGGGUGAAGCUGUGGGAGGUGAUUGCAGAUAAGUGUGAGGCAAAGGCAUCAUUGACGGGAAGCAAUGCUGGCAUUACAAGCAUCGAGUUUGAUAGUGCUGGUUCCUAUCUUUUGGCUGCAUCUAAUGAUUUUGCCAGCAGGAUCUGGACCGUUGAUGACUAUCGUCUUCGGCAUACACUGACUGGGCACAGUGGAAAAGUUUUGUCAGCUAAAUUCUUAUUGGACAAUGCUCGAAUUGUGUCAGGAAGUCAUGAUCGUACACUGAAACUCUGGGAUUUACGGAACAAAGUGUGUAUCAAGACGGUAUUUGCUGGUUCCAGCUGCAAUGAUAUUGCCUGUACUGAACAGUGUGUGAUGAGUGGGCACUUCGACAAAAAGAUCCGUUUUUGGGAUAUAAGGACAGAGUGUAUAGUACGGGAGCUGGAGCUCCAAGGUAGGAUCACCGCUUUAGAUUUGAACCCCGACAGGACAGAACUGCUCAGUUGUUCCCGAGACGACAUGAUCAAGAUUAUAGAUCUACGUGCCAAUGCAGUGCGACAGACUUUUGGUGCUCAAGGUUUUAAGUGUGGAUCUGAUUGGACAAGAGCCAUUUUUAGCCCUGAUGGUAAAUAUGUGUCAGCCGGGUCAGCAGAGGGGUCACUAUAUUUUUGGAAUGUGAUGACCGGGAAAGUGGAAAAGAUUCUUAGCAGGCAACAUAGCUCCUCUAUAAAUGCUGUUGCCUGGUCUCCUUCUGGUGCCUACGUAGUUAGUGUGGACAAAGGAAGCAAAGGAGUAUUAUGGUCUGACUUUUGAGUGCUUUUUCACCCAAAGACAAAGCCUUCACUGCUCUUGGCUGUUUGGUGUGCGGGCAGCAGGGGACAGUUGCACAGAUUUGGACUUUACACUGAAAUAUUGUUGAAUAUGUAUAUAUAUAUAUAAUGGGCAGACCAUGAGAUUGUGCACUGAGCCCAGUAGGGGGCUCUCAUCGCUGUGAAAUGAAGGAAAUAAUAAGCGCUUUAAAGUGACAUAAUUGAGGACUCCUUCUGUGUAAAGAUUUAAAAAGACUGUUCAAUGAAAACCUGUAUAAUAUAUAUUAUAAUAUAUCUGGAAUUUUAACCCCUCUCCAUCCUUCAUUGAAAUCACCCUGUGGGCAAUGUUUAUGAAAGGUGCAAAAAAAGACGCAGCUCAUAUGACCCAGUCAGAUUCCAGCUUGGCAAAUAUUUAAUGGGACUGGUUUGUUUAGGAAGAUAUUCGACUUUCAGUUUAUUUCUGCAGAAGCUUUUUGUUUUUUUUGGAAAUAGUAACGUUGCCCUUAUAAAUCAGAUAAAUGUAGGCCGAACCUUCUCAUUUCAGAAGGGCUGGACAAGCAUCCAAUAUGUAUGGGGGCCUCACAACUCCCAACAGGCAUCAGAAAUGCUCACCUGGCCGAUAUCUAAAGUCUAUAGCGACAACUGUUACAGAAUUCAUAGGAGAUUCCUUUCACAUUGUGAAUGUCUUUGUUGCUCUUCUAUACUCAAAAUGUGGCAGGGGGUUUAAAUGGGUACUCUGGGGAACUAAACCCAUAGGCCAUCCUUUCCCUCUCACCAACCUAUUUAUUUGUCUAAAUAUCAUUCAUUUGUUAUAUAGAGCAGUUUCCCUGUUUCAGCUGUCACACACUUGCAGGGAGUAAGAGAAAGAUGUCAUUAUGAGAUCCACCUUGUCUUUGUGCAAAGCUCUCACUGAGACUAGCCCCCAUCCUCCUGGAAGACAAACAACAUGUGAUUUCUGUCUUGUCUAGGGGUCUGGCUUCACAGCCAUACCUCCCCUCCCUGUGUGAGGAUCUUGCAGGCAGAGAAGCCCAGCAUCUCCUGGGAAGAUUUUUAGUCACAAUGCUGCCCUAUGUCUGCUGUAGAUCCAGGGCUCAAGUCCUGCAGGAACGCAAGGGAACUGAGUUCCUGCACUUUUUCCACAGCAGGAACACCAUUCCCAUUAGCAGGAGUUCUGCAGGACCAGCCCUUGAGUGGAAAUCUUGGGUGAGUUCCUGCACUUUUUUCCCCAGGACUUGACUCCUGUGUAGAUCUAAUCACUGACAUUGCCAUUCAGAGCAUAGCAUGAUUUAUUUCUGAGGGAUUAAUAGUUUUAAAAGAGAAGACAUGUACAAUGUAUGCUGCUGACUGUGUUUACAACAACACAGCAUGCACACAGAUAGUAAGAGCAAUUAGCUGGCAGCCAUUACACAGCGCCGCACUGACUGCUGGAAGUUGUAGUCUGGCUGUAAACAGCAAGCAAGGAAAACAAAUAUUCAGGAGACAACAGGGGCCACAGGAGCUGGCAAUAUCACAAGGAUAACUACAGGGGACACAGAACAGGUAUUGUGGUGGCUUUUGGGCAUUUUUUAUUUUUCUUCCCCGGAGCACCCCUUUAAUUUGCACAUACUAUAAUGUGCUGUUUUUGAUAUUUUCUUUUAACACACUAUUGGAACAGGUUUGUGAUUUAUAGAUUUCCGUUUAGAUUUCAAGGGAAUCUGUCAACUGUAUCUUACUGUUAAAGGGGUAUUUCGUGAUUAACUAACUUUUAACUUUCCUGCCCAUUAUGAAGAAUAAUGCUAGUUCU